AUGCUGUUUGGGUCUGUUUCGGCAUUGUUUGAGGACGUUGGGAAUGGUGCGAUACCAGGUAGGUUGGAUAGGGAAAGGCUGACCAUAUCUUUCUGGCGGCUGAUCCAAUUUCUGUCUUGGUUCCGUGUAGAUCUUCUGCAGAUCCAAGGAAUAAAUGGGACUUUUUUACCCUUGGCGUGCAGUCUAAGAUAUCUUGCUUGCAGGCUGCGGCACCGAGAUGUGGAGGGCAGUGAAACACUGCCCGCACAUGGAAACAUACCUGCUCCACGAGGGCACCGUUCGGGUAAACUGCCCAAGGAGCGGCCGACUGGAACGGAACGUGGGGAUGAAGCAGACGACAUCCUGUCGUGCAAGCCUGAAAUUGGCAAGUACGCUCACUUUAAGGAUGACGUUGUCUUAGUUUGGAGGUUUGCCAGCCUCAUCCACGGGUUCGCGGUUGAGGUCGGCGAGCGAUCCCUGGAGAAGUCUUCUGCCAAGCACGACACGUUGUACAAGAAGGUUCUCCAGGGCAUCCGCCUCAUGCACCUUUGCGAGUAUCACUAUGCCGAUGUUGUGUUGACUCUCGCUUAUGCGAGUGUCUACUUCAGAAGUGCCUUCAACAACAUAGGCCAGAAGAUGAGCGACUAUGAGGCUGCCCACGUUUGUGUUCUCUUGAUCUACUUGGCCCACUCCUUCCUGCUGGAUGAGACAUGCCCACUGAGGACCGUUUAUGGGGUUUAG